AAUAUCGAGAAUCCGUUAUCAAGCAGAGGUCAAAUAACAAAUGCUUAUGCUAGAUUGAUAUGUUCUCUUUGGAAAGAGUCAUAUUAGAAGAGCAUUAACCCUAUUGAAUUGAUAUCAAUGAUCCAAUUGUGGAAUCCAUUCUUUGUUAUGAAUAGUCAACAAGAUAGUCAUGAGUUGUUAGCGUUUUUGUUAGACAUGCUGCAUGAAGACUUGAAUAGAGUGAAGCUUAAACCAUACAUUGAGGAGAAGACAUACGAAUAACAGCCAAAUUAAUAACAAGCAAACAAAGCAUGGUCAGAUUAUUUGAAAAGGAAUCGAUCAAUCAUAGUAGAUUUAUUCUAAGGACAAUCAAUCAAUAUGUUAUAAUGCAUGGUAUGUAAUACAAAAUCGUAUAAAUUUGAAACAUUUAUGUAUUUGAGUCUGCCAAUCUUAGAGGAUGCUGAUUUAUUGUAAUGCAUAUCGGAAUACUUGAAAGAGGAGGAAUUGGAUGAAGGCAAUCAAUGGUAUUGUUCUAAAUGCAAAUCUGUUAAGAAAAGCAAAAAAGGGAUAAAACUGUGGAAGUUGCCAAACAUCUUGGUGAUCCAUCUAAAGCGAUUUAAAUUUACAGCCAAUUAUCGUUGCAAAUUGAGAUGGCUAAUAAACUUUCCAAUGUAUAAUUUAGACCUAAGCAAUUAUUCAGAAUAGGAAUAGGCCACAUAUGAUUUGUAUGGAGUUAUAAACCAUAGCGGUACUUUGCAUUCAGGUCAUUAUACGUCCAAUUGUAAAAAUAAGGAUACUUAGAAAUGGUAUAACUUCGAUGACACAAGAAUUAAAGAGAUUACGGAAAAACAAGUUCUCACUAGUGAUGCCUAUUUGCUGUUUUAUUAUAAAAAUAAUGUGGAUUCUUACGAAAGACAAAGCGAAGUAAUAAGAUCAAGUAUAAUAAAUUCAUCGGCAUCCCUUCCUAAAUAGAGUAGUAUUAUCCAUGGUAGCAUUUUUAAUAUACCCCAUACCAAAUUAUCAAUAAGUAAAUUAUGUAUAUCUGAAACUGACUAAUAAUUAACUACCCCUCAAAUAUUUGGAAAGAAAAAAAGUCUAAAAACCAAUAAAUUAACUCCACUUCCUGGCAAAAAACCAAUAUUCUUUGCAUCAGAUAAUUAAAAGAUAUAAUGA